AUGCUGAUUUUAACUGGCCCAAGCCGAGGUCUAGUGCUGGUUGAUUUCAUCUAUCUAGAGAUAGAUCUUAAAAUCAGGGAAGAUGGAGUGUCUCCAGACAGGCCAUUCAGCAAGGGUCUGAUAAGCAUUGAUGGCCGAGUACUGUCUAGAGAGGAAGAUGUCAUGGUUAGAAGUGAAACCCUUGAGAGCUGGCUCAGCACUACGGAAGUGAGAUUCGCAACUGUUCUUAACGCAGUCGAGUGCACCUUUGAAAUCAAGCUCACUGAGGGGCAUUUUAAAGGAAAUAUAACAGUUGGCAUAGCGGAUAAAGCUCGCAAGCUGAAUAUUGACAAAGCGAUUGUGAUUCAUGAUAGCAUUUUAGAUGGCGUGGUUAGAAGUGAUGAAAGUGGAGUUAUCAAACUCCGGCGAAGUGUCAUUACUAUCUGUCUGGAAGGAACGGUGGAAUUUCAAAUCAAUAAUGUGGCUGCUGGUGUUUGUGCUGAACGAACCUUUUAUUUCACUCCACACCGCACUGGCGCAAAUGAAGAGGAAAUUACGUGUGGUGCUAGGAAGUUCGGAUUUAGGGUUGUCUGGUCCUUGAUGGACUUCAGGCUGUAA